AUGCUCAUCAUCGGAGCAUUGUGGCUUCUGCCAUAUCUACUCAUUAUUGCCGGUCUGAUCAACACCGCACUCAAGAUACGGUCGCCGUUGGCCAAAGUACCCGGUCAAUGGUACACAAACUUCACCUCAUUGGUUCUCAAGUACAAGGAAUUCACUCACGGACGACGACUGUAUAUCCAUGAUUUACACCAGAGAUACGGCCCUGUAGUCCGCUUAUCCCCAGACGAAGUCUCAUUCGCCACUGUCGAUGCCAUCAAAGAAAUUUACAUGUCCGGAGGCAGUGGGUACGACAAGACUCCUUUCUACUCUCUCUUCACCCAAUUCAACACAAGGACCUUGUUCUCGACCCUCAUUCGAGGUGACCAUAGCUAUAUGAAAAGAUAUCUAGCAGAUCGAUAUGCCAACAGCAACGUCAUGAAACCUGAUAUUCUGAGUGGGAUCUCGGAACAUGCCAAAGAUUUUCUGAACCAAUGUACAAAGGCAUGCAUUACACAGGGUUAUGCCGAUAUAUAUGUCUACCUUCAUUGCUUCGCACUUGACGGCGUGACCCAUCAGCUUUUCCAUCCACGCGGUACACAUGCAAACAGAGAUGAAAAGGAUUACCGCUUGAUGAAGGAACUUUCCUACCACGACAGCCUGAAAAGCAACGUCGCGCUCUACUACAUGCCGUGGGCUUCGGACAUUAUUCAUUAUUUCAAUCCACCCAAACCGGCACCGUUGUCGAACGAAUACGUCCUGGGCGCGAGUGCAACUCCCAACCCGUCUCCGUUCAGCCUCUUGUCCAAACUACAAGCUCAGGCGAAAGCGACCAACAUGCCAUCAUACGCCGUGCCUGCAGAAUGUAAAGACCACCUGGCUGCCGGGGUCGACACCACGGGCGACGGGUUGUGUUUUCUGAUGCAUCAUCUUUCGUUGCCGAAUCCCGAAUCGCAGCGCGUACAAUCACUCUUGCGCAAAGAGUUGAUUGAGAAUCCCGCGACCCCGUUCGACCAAUUGCCCUAUCUGGAUGCGGUCAUCAAAGAGGGUCUCCGGUGCUUCCCGCCGAUCCCAAUGUCGUUCCCUCGCCACGUCCCACAGGAGGGCAGCGUCAUAGAGGGCUUCUUCAUGCCCGGAGGCACGAUCGUGAGCUGCCAACCUUAUACGAUCCACAAGGAUCCCAAUGUCUUUCCUGAGCCGCUUCAAUUCCGACCGGAACGUUGGCUCAACGACGACGAUGACGCCCAGGCCGUCGCGGAAAGGAACCGUUGGUUCUUUGCCUUUGGUGUCGGCGGGAGAGGUUGCCUGGGAAGACACCUGGCGAUUGCAGAGAUGAAGAUUCUUCUCCGUGAAGUAUAUUCCAAGUAUCGAACGACAGUUUCAUCCAGGAUGGACAGCGAUAUGGAAAUGGAGGAUCAGAUCAUUGCCAGUCGACCUAAAGGGCAGUGUUUGAUAGCCAUUGCAGAGUGA